GCGCGGCUGCUGAGGUUGCUAACGCCAUCUUGAGAGUAAAGAGCCGUAGGAACUCCCCUCCCCCAACCGCCCGGGACUGCGCUGCUGCGAGCCGGAGGCCAGGCUAGGCCGCGGAAGGCUGUUGCUGUCUCUGCCUGGAGUGGCCUUUUACAGUGAGGUCCUGAUCCUUGGCUGGGGCUCAGAGGUGCUAUGAUGCUUCAUGCUGAAUGUAAAGUAAGGCCUUUGGAAUGUCAAGAUGAAAUGACAAUUGAACCGUGUUCUAAAAAAAUUAAAUCAACAGAAGAAGCUCAUGAUAAAUCCUGUGAUGAUGGUUUCCAGGGAUCUCUUAUGAAAACAGACACUGAGAGAAUAAACAAAGAAUGGAUACCUUUAUACAUCUCUGAUGACCAAGGAAAACAGGAAGUGCAGCAGAAAGAGAAUGAAUGUUUCCAAGACAUCUGUAUUUUCAAUGACGAAUUCCCUGGUAAUAGGCCAGGGAUUAUUGAGUCUACUCAUUCAACGAUCAUGCAGAGUGUAAAUCUUCCAAUAAAAGACACUGAGGUUACAGAAAAUAGAUGCCCAUUCAUUACUGAAAAAGUUGAUGAAGCUAAUAUUAAAGAAACUAGCAAAAAAUCAUUCACAGUAAAUGGAGAUGAAGUAGAGGCUGAAGAACAUGGUACAAGCAAAGUAUUUAUUGGGCCCGUUUACAGACCUGUGGAGGAGAACAAACAGGAUGAAACCAGGAAUUUUACUAAAUUUAGCACAGGCAAAGAGAAACAAAAUGUUGUACUUUACCACAAAAAUGACAAAGAAGCAGCAAAUAAAAUACAGACUCUCUCUUGUGAUGUAUCAGAAAUAGAUGAUGAAUUGUGCCAAUUUUAUAAAGAAAUUCAGCAGCUUGAAAGCGAUAAAGAUGAGUUAGAAGGUCACUUACAGGAAAAAGAAACCGAAUCAUCUCAGGAACGAUUUAUAUCAUGUAAUAAAUAUAGUCAGUCAUCUCACGAGGAUGAACAAGAUACCUGUUACAGUAGAACACAAUCAUAUUAUGACCAUGAACAAUGUUUCUAUAAUGAACCAAGUGACCAGAAGACAGUCAGUGAACCAAAAUGUUUUGACAAUGAAGCAAAUGGCUGGAGAAGUGAGAAUCAUUUUAAUUGGCAAGCGGAUUCUAAAUUCUGGAACCAUUCAGUCCCUCAGUUUAGGCCGGCAUGGCAGCCAACACAAUCUUUCAUAAUACCUCAGGGACCUCUUCCUCCUAGGUUCAACCAUCAUUUAGAUGUUCAAACUCUUAAUUCCACACCACAUCAACCAAAUACUCUCCAUCCUCAGAAUGAUGGACUUCCUCACAAGAAUUAUGCAGGUUACCAUGGAAAUAGUGGCAGUACUAACAGGAGCUGUCCAUUGUUUGAUCAGAAUAAUAGUUAUGCUGGUCAUAUUGGUAUCCAUAGUAUGCAAGUCUCCAGAAAUGGAUAUAGCGACCAGGAUGGAUGCAUGAAUAAUGGUUUCUGUGAAACCAGAGAAGAGUGUUGGAAAGAUCCUAGAACUUACCAGAAAGAGGGAAUACACAAUUUUAAUUUUCAGCAGUUUUCAGAAGACAAGUUAUGUAGGUCGCAGAAAUUACUUCUAAUUUUAAGAGGUCUGCCUGGCUCAGGAAAAACAACACUGUCUCAUAUUCUACUUGGUCAAAAUCGUGAUGGCGUGGUGUUCAGCACCGAUGAUUAUUUUCGUCAGCAAGAUGGAUAUACAUAUAACGUUGCUCAGCUUGGUGAUGCUCAUGACUGGAACCAGAAGAGAGCAAAACAAGCAAUGGACCAGGGAAGAUCUCCCAUUAUAAUAGACAACACUAAUACUCAAGCCUGGGAAAUGAAGCCGUAUGUGGAAAUGGCUCUAGGGAAAGGCUACAGAGUGGAAUUCCAUGAGCCAGACACAUGGUGGAAGUUUGAUCCAGAGGAGUUAGAAAAGAGGAAUAAACAUGGGGUCCCUCGUGAGAAGAUUGCUCAGAUGUUGGAACGAUAUGAAUAUCAAAUGUCCAUCUCUGUUGUAAUGAAUUCAGUGGAACCUCCUCACAAAAACACACAAAGGCCACCUCCACAGCGAAGACAGAGGUGGGGAAGCUGUAUAGACUCUUGGAAUUCUUUCAGUUCCUCACAAAUUGAAGCUAAUCAAGAUACUUUAAAUACUAAAUCCAAUUUUUUGGGUCUUCCCUUAUCAUUGGGAUUUGCAUUUCAACUUGUAGACCUUUUUGGUUCUCCUGGAUUUCCACUGGAGUCUUUAUUGCCGGAUGAUUACAUAGUUCCUCUUGACUGGAAAACAUCAAAGAAGAUCCAUUUACUAUGGAAGACAUCUGUGGAGAGGAAACAAAAAAAUAAUGGAUUACAGAAUGGGAAUUCUUUGGCUGUUGGUGCCAACAUACUGGAAGAUACAAAUAAAGAUUGCCAAAAGAGUCAAGAAUCUUAUGAAACACUUCAGGAAACAAAUCUAUAUCAAGAUGUAGUAGAAGAGAACUCUGUGACUUAUCCAGACAAUAAGCACUUGUAUAACGUAUCAACCAAUCUUGAAUGUCAUCUUAAACAGAAAAAGUCAACAUGAAGAUAAAGAAAUUUGUCAAUCUUGGCACCAUCAUGGAAGGACCUCAGUUUACAAUCAAGUGUUAUAAAUGUAAGGAAUAACCUGGAAGAAGUAUUCAGUGUAGAAUUUGGUGCUUAAUCCAUGACCCUCAAUAAUCCUUAGG